CGAAAAGCAGAAACGUUUCUUCCUCUUUCGUAAAGCGUCUUCACGUAGAUCCGUCGAAACCACGUGAAAGAAACAUGGAUAAACCUGUAGUAUUGGCACGUGUUAUCAAAGUAUUGGGCCGUACUGGUUCACAAGGACAAUGUACACAAGUAAAGGUAGAAUUCCUUGGAGAACAAAACCGACAAAUUAUCAGAAAUGUAAAAGGACCGGUACGUGAAGGCGACCUCCUAACCUUGCUAGAAUCUGAGAGAGAAGCAAGAAGACUACGAUAAGGCAUUUUAUCUUUUAAAAAUAUUAAGAGGAUUACCAUUUAUUAUAUCUCAUCAUUCCAAUUCUCCUUUUGAAGUGGAUUAUUAAUCCAACUGUCACUGGAAGAAAUCAAUCAUAAUCACUGCUGGAAAAAAAUACAAUGACUCGGAUCAGUCAAAUUGUAUGUUCAACAACAUUCAUAACUAUGGCUUCUAUAAUAAAACUUGUCUGGUAAUCGCCUGA